AUGCUUCGCUCCAGAGAUCAGACACCAACGGCAAUGGCACUCCCUCAGAGGGUCACUCGGUCGCGCACGUUACUACAGCUCGUCGCAACAACAGGCCGGCACCAUGCCUCCAGCGGCCCCAGCACCACACCCGCAGUGAUCGACUAUGAGAUCCUGCCCAACAAGUUCCACAAGCUACCGAUUGAGCUCAUGCACGAAAUCGCACAUCUCCUAGAGGCGGAUCAUCAUGUGUGCGACUUUCAGCGCUGCUUUCAGCAAGCUCACUUUGCGAUCAUCAAUGAGCACUUCUGGCGCAGGCGAUUCGUCCUGACAUUCGACAGACCCCGAGCAGAGAGCUCCAUCCGAACCAACGCUGAUUACACGGACCAGUACAAAAAGAGGCAGGACGUCUUGGUGCGCAAGCCCACCUUUGGCUGCGGCAAUACGGAACGCGAGAAGCAGUGCUUGGUGGUGCUUCGCGACUUGAUACGUGAUGCGUGUUCUGAGCGCACUCCGAGCAACAGGAUGGUGUACGUGUCGAAGAACAUCACAGAGCACAUUGCGCCCUUCCUCACCGACAGCAACUUGCUGAAAGAGAUCUUUGCCGCAAAGUACACGCCACGAAAGUCUCGGAACCCAGGCGUUCUGUCGGAAACAGUUAAUCCGCUCAUGCGCAUGCUGCAGGUUGUCCUGGCGCCGAGUCUGUUCGAUCCUCGACCCUUCUUUGACACGGCUGGACCGCAGAUUGCCGACUUCGACACGUCUCAGUACAUGGCGUACUGUAGCGCGCAGAGUCGUCCCAUCUUCACGGACAGCAAAAAGACGGAUAUUGAUUUCGACUGGUGCUUGCAUCUGCUGAAUUUCUGGAGAUGCCAUUUCCUUCGGGCCGAUGAGGCUUCGCUGUACUCUGUCUACGAGGCCCUCGAGGACCAUGAGCGUCCGCAGUACUGGCACAGUCAGCUCGGCAAUGACAACGCUGCUGCGUGCAUUGGCAAGAAGUGGAAGGGUUCGUACGCUUACCUCGACGAACAACAACUACGAGAAGUACGCGAGGGAAAGAGCGAGCUCGUCGUUGACGAGUUUAAUGGUAACGAUACUCGGGGUGGGUUCCAAGAGCUCACCCUCGAGCUGACGGGCGACAACGAUAGUGCCUGGAACCCAACGUUCGAGACCGUUCUGCACUCUGUCACCGAGCCGCCAGAGCAGCAACGCACGCAAGCGCAAGAGGCCAGCUCGCCCGAUGAGGAUAUCGGCCGAUCUCGUUCAUUCCGUUUGGUCGGCGGAGGAGAAUAUGGACAGCAGGAGUUUCUUGCGGAUGGGUGGUUCAACCCGCUGCCAUCCCAGCACGAAGUGCCGGGAUGGCAGCGAAUGACGAUGAUGAAAUUUCUCCGCGACAAAGCCACAGCCCAAAUUGACUAG